AUGACUCACUUACAGGCUGGCCUCUCUCCAGAGACCCUGGAGAAGGCCAAGGUUGAACUGAAAGAAAACCCGGAGACUUUACACCAGGACAUCCAGGAGGUCCGGGAUAUGAUCAUCACCCGGCCGGACAUUGGUUUCCUCAGGACAGACGACGCGUUUAUCCUCAGAUUCCUCCGGGCGAGGAAAUUCAACCACUUCGAGGCGUUCCGGUUGCUUGCACAGUACUUUGAGUACCGACAGCAGAACCUGGACAUGUUCAAGAACCUGAAACCCACAGAUCCGGGUAUCAAGCAGGCCCUGAAGGACGGCUUUCCCGGCGUGCUCUCCAACCUGGACAGAUACGGCAGGAAAAUACUGGUCCUGUUCGCUGCCAACUGGGACCAGAGCAGAUACACGUUUGUGGACAUACUGAGAGCUAUACUGCUGUCGCUGGAAUCUAUGAUAGAAGAUCCGGAGCUGCAAGUCAACGGCUUCAUCCUCAUCAUCGACUGGAGUAACUUCACCUUCAAGCAGGCGUCCAAACUGACUCCCAGCAUGCUGCGAUUGGCCAUCGAGGGGCUGCAGGACAGUUUUCCUGCCAGGUUUGGAGGAAUCCACUUUGUGAACCAGCCGUGGUACAUCCACGCUCUGUACACCGUCAUCCGGCCCUUCCUCAAAGACAAGACCAGGAAGAGGAUCUUCAUGCACGGAAACAACCUGAACAGCCUCCACCAGCUGAUCCCUGAGAUCCUGCCGUCGGAGCUCGGGGGGAUGAUGCCGCCGUACGAUAUGGGAACGUGGGCGCGGACGCUUCUGGACCACGCCUACGACGAGGAGACCGACUACUGUCCCGAGUCCUACACCCUGUCAGUACAAGACCUGGAGAGAGACCUGGAGAAGAACCUGUCCCCCAAAACCAUGAAGAGGUCUCAGUCGGUGGUGGAGCCGGGAGUCCUGAAACGACCAGAUAAAGUCAAGAGUGAAGAGGACAACAUGCAGCCGCUGCUCUCGCUGGACUAA